CAUGUGCUAAUAAAGUUAUAAAUACACAGCAGACGCCAACUUCUUCAUCAGUUGUUGAACUGGAAGAGACAUGGCCACAGUUCAAGGAUGGGCAGACAUGAGGAGCCUCAGCCUCCAAGUCAUCACCGGCCGCUGGUUCCUCGUCUUCGCCUCCUUCUUAAUCAUGGCAGCCGCCGGAGCCACCUACAUGUUCGGCCUCUACUCCAGCGAAAUCAAAAGCACCCUCGGCUACGACCAAACCACCCUCAAUCUCCUCAGCUUCUUCAAGGACUUUGGCAGCAACGUCGGCGUCCUCUCCGGCCUCAUCAACGAGCUAACCCCACCCUGGGUGGUUCUAGCCAUCGGUGCAAUCCUCAACCUCUUCGGCUACCUCAUGAUCUGGCUCUCCGUCACCAAAAGAAUCGCCAGACCAGCCGUCUGGCAAAUGUGCUUAUACAUUUGCAUCGGCGCCAACUCUCAGUCGUUCGCCAACACCGGCUCUCUUGUCACGUGCGUCAAGAACUUUCCAGAAAGCCGCGGCGUCGUUUUGGGGAUCUUGAAAGGCUACGUUGGACUCAGCGGAGCCAUCAUAACUCAGUUAUACUCUGCCAUUUACUAUGAUGAUACCAAGGCUUUGAUUCUCUUCAUUGGUUGGCUUCCCGCCGCAAUCUCCCUCGUCUUCCUCCGAACCAUUCGCUAUAUGAAGCCGGUUCGUCAGCCUAACGAGCUCAAAGUCUUCUUUAACUUUCUUUACAUCUCUCUUGCACUCGCUGGCUUUCUUCUCGUCAUGAUCAUUAUUCAGAAGAGGGUUGACUUCACUCAGAGCGAGUUUGGUGUAACCGCUGCUAUUGUUCUUGUCUUGCUCUUCCUCCCUGUCGCCAUUGUUGUCUUGGAGGAGAUCAAGAUUUGGGAGGCCAAGAAGCUUGCCUUGGUGGACCCUUCUCCGGUGAAGAUCAUCACGGAGGGUCAAAAAGUCAACGCAGAAGUCAAGAAAGAAUCGGAAGAAGUAGUAGUAGUAGUAGAAACAAGAUGGUGGCAGAAUGUUUUUAAUCCACCGGAACGAGGUGAGGAUUACACCAUCCUGCAAGCACUCUUCAGCAUUGACAUGCUAAUCCUGUUCAUUGCCUGCAUUUCUGGGAUUGGGGGAACGUUGACCGCAAUUGACAACCUUGGUCAAAUAGGAACCGCUCUGAAAUACCCAAAGAAAAGCAUAAGCACUUUUGUGUCACUAGUGAGUAUCUGGAACUACCUAGGACGUGUUUUCUCCGGGUUUGUUUCAGAGCAUUUCUUGCAGAAAUACAAAUUCCCAAGACCUCUAAUGUUGACCUUGACUCUGUUACUGUCUUGUGUUGGUCACCUUCUCAUAGCUUUCGAUGUACCGGAUGGUCUUUACAUCGCUUCCGUGAUCAUUGGUUUCAGCUUUGGUGCGCAAUGGCCUUUACUUUUUGCCAUAAUCUCGGAGCUGUUUGGUCUCAAAUACUAUGCAACUUUGUACAACUUUGGAAGUGUGGCGAGUCCACUUGGUUUGUAUGUUCUUAACGUGAGGAUCACUGGUCAUUUGUAUGACAAAGAAGCCAGGAAACAAUUGGCGGCGUUGGGGCUAAAGAGAAAAGCAGGGGAACAAUUGACUUGUCUUGGUGUCAAGUGUUUUAAAUUGUCCUUCAUUAUUAUCACCGCUGCUACUUUCUUUGGUGCCAUUGUUUCGCUCUUUUUGGUGGCCCGGACUAGGGAAUUUUACAAGGGGGAUAUUUACAAGAGAUACCGGGAACCGGCCGCCGCCGCCGAGACCGAAUUGGUCGUCGUGGAGGAGAAUGGUGGUGCGAAGACAGGGCAUCAAGAUGGUCAUCAUCAAUCUAAUUAGGUAGGUACUUUGGACAAACACAAAAUGUCAUCAAUGUACAUCAAAAUUAACUUAAUAGUAUCUUGAUAUGGUCAAACCAAUUACCGGUGACAUAGAAAGUACAAUAUUGUAACAUUUUGAGUGUUAUUUCUGCUAUACAUUUUCUUUCUUGCUUCCUUUAAUUUAAUUUUCCGUGUUGUAUACUUUUCAGUUUUCAUUCAUUUACUAUGUAUGUUGAAUUGAAAAUUUA